AUUUUCACAGGAGAAAGCCAUAUUGUCCACGGUUUUAAUUUGAAUUGAAAAAACAGCCUUUUUAAUCACAACACAAUGGGAGAUUGUCAUUGGAUGCCGAUGGAAGCCAACCCGGCUGUGAUCAACAAGUUCUUGAAGGAAGCUGGAGUGCCCGAGAAUGUCAAGAUGGUGGAUUUUCCGGAUCUCGACGUGGAUCGCAUUUGCGAGACCAUCUCCGAACCGACCAACAUUCAAGCGUUCCUCUUGCUGUUUCCGAAAAGCAUUCAAGCCACUGACAAGGGAAGCGAGGAGCCGAAAGAUAUUUACUUCGUCAAGGAGAAUUUCCCGAAUGCAAGCGGACCGAUUGCACUGAUUCAUGCUGUGGCUAGUGUUCAGAAUAAGAUCCAGUUGCCCAGUGAUGCUAUUCUCGCCAAGUUCCUGGCUGCAACCAAGGACCAAACCCCGGAAGCCCGUGGCACUGCGCUCAAGGAUUACAAGGAACUGAUGGAAAUUCAGGCAAAAUCCGAAUCUCAACCGCCUACCACCGAACCAACGCCUUACCACUACGUCGCCAUUGUGCAACACCAGGGGACCAUGUAUGAAUUGGAUGGAACUAAGAUUGGACCCAAAGCACAUGGAACAACUUCUGCAGAAACUUUCGUCCAGGAUGCUGCCAAGGCAUGCAAGAAAUUCAUCGAAGAAAAUCCUGGAGAACACAAUUAUGCGAUUUUGGCACUGUCUUCUGUUUGAUCAUUGGUCUUAUGUUCAUUGAAUUUCAUUGCUUUCAAUCAGUGUGUGAUGUAGAAUUAUGAAAUAUUAUUGUGAAUUGGCACUGAAAAUAAAGAAACUAUAUC